AUGGAAGCUCUAAUCUAUAAUGAUACUCCUCUUGCUGAAUAUCUAGAAGCAGACGCCAUUCCUUUCGAUACCGCCGACUCAUCGCCUCCACUCUCGCCUCUAAUCAAAACAUUCGCUCCUCAGGGCCUACCAAAGCUACGAGAGCGCUUACGGACGAUACGUCGCACUGCGGCCUCUGCCACAGAUGUUGCCAACGAGGAAUUCCUGGAGCGAUUCCGCUACCUUAUUGUUGCUUCCCAAUUGCUCUCGAAUGAUCCAAAACCCCGACGCCAACGGCAGAAUGAACAGACGAUCGAUCCGCCCCGCUUCUCCAUCAAAGGUGCUCUUAUAACCGCCGUACUCUCUUUCUCAAUCGCUUGGUUUCUACAUACUCUCCGCCGCCGACAGCGUGGUCAAGUUACCUUUCCUUUGUCACAGCUCGUCACCUAUGGCCUGGUCUUGGUCGGAGGCUGCAUAAUAUUCAUCUACUUCGCCCGGCGACAAUACCUUGAGUUUGUUCGCCAGUCUGCUGGAGCAGCCUUAGGAAAUCUUGUUUCAAACUCUCAUCAUAUUGAUAAUACUGCAGCCGAAGGGCUGCGGUUUGCACAAGAGGUGGAAAUCGUCGCUCGUGGCUAUGAAAUGCAAGUCCUCCAACCGCUAGCGCCCAUCAGUCGUCUCGAAGACAAGCGCCCUGUUGGACGUUGCCGAGAACUACGAAUGACCAUAGCAACUGUUUUGACUAACAGCAUCAGCCACUGUGUUAGGGCUCACAAUGCUAUGCAAGUCUUUGUCAGAGAGACUGACUUGCAGAGGUACCAUGACAUAUACGAUGUCUCGAUUCAAGAGUAUGCCGACGCCAUUGCAUUUGCAAAUAAAACUACUGAGGAAACCCGGGAUUCUCUAAAGGAGCUCCGGUUUCUGUUUCGCCUGCACUUCAUUGCUCGGAAGGUCUUUUUGUGCGACUUGCUUGCACUCCAUUCAGGAUCUACAUGGCAGAAUAUCCUUCAGUGGCGAAGAACCCUGCAAGUCUUGCAGGAUUUAGACGCUGCGUUUUCGCAGAUUGUGGAAAGCCUUCGCUCUGCGGUGGCCAAUGAAGCACUCAUCGAUGAUACUCCAAUCGCCUCGGAAGACACAGACCAAUCAUUAAACCAAGACACAGAGACAAGAACCCCUCAGAGGCUACAUACCAAAGCACAACUGCGUAGAUUCGAAGCCGUGGCAAAUGCCAUACACUCCCUCAACGCCAAGGUUCGGCUACUGAAGGAUGACAUUAGUGCUCCGGUGAUGAGAGGUGAUGAAGCCAUAUUCGGUGCUACCUUGGCCCGCCACUAUGAGCAUCUUGGUGGUGAGAUACGAAACGCUUUAGUUGAAUGGGAAAAGGGACGAAAUACAAUGUUCCUCAACGUUGGACUCGACUCCGAGAACAGGCUAUCGAGAACGUCUAGCAUUCGUUCACCUGCAUCACCGUCUCCGAGCAGCCUCGGUGGAAUGACCGUUGUGGAUGGAGGGCCUGCAGAGGCAUUCAAGUUGCUGAGUGGCGACGAAAGAAGCACGUCCGAUGGAGUCGGACCCGAUGAAGAAGUCUUCGAAGCUGUCGCUUUGCCGCGCAAAAGGAUGUCUUGGGCUCCAAUGAGCCGGGAAGAGAAGCUCAGCAAACUGCAAGAAGAGAGAAGGAAGCGUGCGACCAUGCAAGAGCAAGCAGACAACACUACAAAUAUGUUGCGAGAGCUGCAAAUGGUGAUCAAACAUCGGCCGCAAGCACGGACGGCCUCGCGAAUCACCUCUAUUUGA